UUAAAGCUAAAAUGAGUGAUUAGCACUAUGCAAGCCAUGUUUUAUAAAGAAUCAACGUUGAAAUUUGCUUUAACUUUUUGGUCUUUAUAAACCCUUGGAACUCCAUAACCAGCCAUACAGUUAUUCAGUUUAGAAGCUUGGAGGAGUGAGAAAUCAGUAAGACUGAGAUUUCUAAAGAGAAGCUUUUGGCAUGGCAGAUUUGCAGAUAGUGCCGGCAUCAGCAUACAAGAAUGUAGAGGCACAAUAUGUUGACAUGAUGGUGCCUUUGUAUUCAUAUGGUUGUGAGAGGAAAAUUAAGAAGGCAUUAUCGCAUCUUAGAGGGAUAUAUUCAGUGAACGUGGAUUGUAAACUUCAAAAGGUGACAGUAUGGGGUAUUUGCAAUAAACAUGAUGUACUAGCGACGAUAAGAAGUAAGAGAAAAGAUGCACGUUUUUGGGAUGCUGAUGAUAAUGAUUACCAUCGAUAUGGUGAAUUACAUGACGAGAAAGAACCAACUAUUGUUAAUAAGCCAGUAGGGAUAUCAAUAAAGCCUUUACUAAUGUCGAAAUUAGGCCGGUCUUUAAGUUGGAAAGCACUGAAAAAGGUUAUCAGCAUCAAAUCAUAUUGAUAAUGGUUUUGAUCAGACCAUGAGUUCGACAUCUAUACAUGCAGCUUAAUCAUAACUUACGGUUAUGUUAAUUUUUACUUGCUAUA